UUAUCACUAGAAACUAUCAUAAUCGAAAAAUAGUAAUAAUUAAAGAUAAAUGAAAAGAGUUUGAGAUAAACAGAUCACUUGUGGAAGCCUAUAAAUGAAGGCCGCUAACAUCAGAACAAAAUAAGGCAAAGGAAACAUAUAUAGCUAGUCAUGGAAGUAGAAAAGACACUACGCAUGAAUGUUGGCCAUGGAGAAUCAAGCUACGCAAGCAACUCAUUGAUUCAGGAAAGUGUGAUACGGAAAAGUGAGACUGUUUUACAAGAUACAAUCAAGGGAAUGGUUAAUACUGAAGCGGCCUUCAGCAAAAGUUUCGUACUAGCAGAUAUAGGAUGCGGGCCUGGCACAAAUACACUUUUGCUUGCAUCUAUGGUUAUUGAUAUAGUCCUUGAGCUGCGUAAAGAAAAUAAUAUUCAUAAAGCACCACAAUUUCAAGUCUGCUUAAAUGAUCUUUUUGGAAAUGAUUUCAAUUCCAUUUUCCAAUUGCUACCCAACUUUUAUGCAAACCUUAAGAAGGAGAAGGGAGAAAACAUUGGCUCUUGUUUUGUUUCAGCUAAUCCCGGUUCCUUUUAUAGUAGACUCUUUCCAGAUGAAAGCAUACACCUUGUUCACUCCUCUUGGGCUGUUCAUUGGCUUUCUCAGAUACCUGAAGGCAUUGAAAACAACAAAGAUAAUAUAUACAUGGCGACAUCAAGUCCUCCCAAUGUGUUCGAAGCAUAUGAAAAGCAAUUUCAAACCGACUUUAUAAAGUUUCUACAAAUGCGAUCCAAGGAAGUAGUGCAUGGUGGGUGCAUGGUUUUAACAUUUCUUGGUCGUAGCAGUGUUGAUCCAACCACCAAUGAAAAUGGUGGUCGUAUUCUUGAGCUACUAUCACAAUCACUACUCGAUAUGGUUAAAGAGGGACUAGUUCAAGAAUCAGAUUUGCACUCAUUCAAUAUCCCAAAUUAUACUCCAUGCGAGGAUGAAGUCAGUAAAGCUGUUCACAAUGAGGGAUCAUUUUCUAUUAAUACCUAUAAUGUUUUUCAAGGUAACUGGGAUCCAAGGGAUACAGACUUUACAAAUGUGAAAGAUUCAGAUGAGAAGAGCCACAUCCAUGCGAAAAACUGCACAACUGCUCUGAGAACUGUUUAUGAAUCGUUGUUGACAUCUCAUUUCGGAAAUUUAUUAAAUAUUGAUAUUGAGCAUAUUAGGUUCUUUCCUGGAGACUUAAUCGAUAAGGAAAUGGAAUGAACUUGCAAUGUGAUUAUGUUUUGUGCGUUCAAUGAUGGAUUGUAAGUUUUAAACUUUAUUCUAAUAACAACUUAUUUUGCUCUAUAUUCGUAUUAAUUGUAACAUUUGGUAAUUUAUUGCUAUUGUUUUUGGUUGGAACAAUAAUCGAAAUGAAGAACUGAAU